AUGUCUGCAGCAGUCUUCUACCACCAAGAUCAGCUCCAAGACUACAAGCAACCUCCAGCAAACGAUCACGAGACCUCCUCUGCCACCGACACGUUGCCCUCGGUCGCCCGUCUCAUGCCCUUGGCCGCCACGUCGUCCGUGACUAGUUUGCAAAGUCCCCAUCAAAACAUCCAGAACAACAACAGCAACAACAACAACCAGAACCAGCAGGGUGCCCAAGCGCUGGAUUUUAUGUAUCCAGUGGUGUCUGCCGCCAACAGCUACGCUGGCUACCAGACGCUGCCUGAGGCGCCAACUUCCCAAAGCGGCACCUCGUACCACCUGAGCAUCAACAACACCCCGACGACGCCGUUGAACAACUACACGGCUGCCAACGCUGCGCUGGCGACGACGACGCUGUCCAUGUUGGCGCCUUCUGCCCACCAUAGCUCCCACGGACCGGGGCCGGGUCCGUUGCCGUAUCAGCAACAACAGCUCCAGCAGCCGCCGGUGGUUGUGCCCCAGGAAAAGUGCACGUGCAAGCUGAACCCGAACCGAAUCCCCCGGCCUCGAAAUGCCUUCAUUUUGUUUCGCCAGAAGUAUCACCAGCUGGUGCUCGACGAGUCCACCGAGGCCAAGACGAAUCCAGAGGUUUCCCGAGAGUUGGGCCGCCGCUGGAGAGCGCUUUCGCCGCAAGAAAGAGAACACUGGCUGAACUUGGCCGAGGAGGAGAAGAAAAACCACGCCAAAAAGUACCCCAACUACCGUUACACUCCUCGCAGACACGGCAAGGGCAAGAGCUGUCCCCUGUGCCAGCAGAAACAGCUUCGCCAGCAGCAGCAGCAGCAGCAUCAACAGCAACAGCAUCAACAACAGCACCAACAAAACCAAAAGAUGAUGCGGGCCCAGCUGUUGGACCAGGAGGCCUUGAUCAACUCACAGAAACUGCCCUUGACCCAGGCCCAGGCGUUUGCUCCACAAAUGGCGCCCUUCCAGCAAUUUUCGAGCCUGCUGCAGCCAUUGCAACAACAACAACAACAGCCACAGCAGCCCAAUCCUUAUCUGAUGGGCCAGUUCAUGUUUCAAAGUCCCUUCACCCAACCCCAGUUUGGGUUCCCAGACCAGGGACAGCAGCAGCAGCAGCAGCAGCCACUGCAGCAUCAACCGCAAGGGUCUCCACAGCAGCCUCUUCAAAUACAAAACCAGCAGUUUGUUGACAUGAACCAACCGCACUUUAUGGGCGGCGGCUACGACACGGCUGGCAACCACACGCAGAGAUUCAACUCUUUGCCUACGGCCAUGGGGAGCACCACCUCUUCCUACAAUGGUCCCGAGGUGUAUAUGCAACCGCAAGCACCACCGAAAUGA